UUGGCGGUGCCCUUAUUUCUCAUUGCUGUUCGUUUGUGUAUUUUUUGUAGGGGAAUAGUAUAUAGUAGAAGAAAAGGCUGUGGUGUGAAUAUGCGGGUUGGCUACUCGGGAAGUGUUACUUUUAAAACCGCAUGAGAUACUAAACUACGUCAACACCAGUAAUGUGUUGGAGGCACAGUUCUGUGGUUGGAGUUGUUUCAUGCGGCGAUUCAUGGGCGCAACAUUGGAAUCUAAACUGAGCUUCCGCCGUCACGUCCUGUCUCCAUGACUUCCGGCUGAGGUAGGACAGGACUGGGGGAAAAUACUGUGCAAUUAGCCAUCUAAUAAGUGGUCAAUCGGUAGUAUUAACAAGCUAGCUACGAUUGUUGAUAGCCGAGGAGGAUAUUCGGGACGUCAGUCUUAUUAUAGCUUCCGACAGAAUGUUUUGCCUUGUCGGGAACCGUAUUUAUUUUUCCUGAGGAAUCAGUGUUUUCACUAAUACUGCUAACCGCUAGCCAGAGGUCUCAGGUGGUGCUGUGAAAAGAUUCCUCGUGAAAGAUGAACGGUCUGCCUAUUAGUGAGCUAUGUUGCCUGUUCUGCUGCCCCCCGUGCCCCAGUCGCAUUGCUGCCAAACUGGCUUUUCUGCCUCCUGAGCCGACGUACGCUCUUCUCCCGGACCUGGAGGCGGGGUCGGUGGCCAGCGGAGUGAGCUCGUCGGGCCUUCGGUCCCGGGGCGGCGGUGGGGCGGGCGGGGGCGGUGGAACCAGCGGGGAGAGCCGAUGGAAGCUCCACCUGACGGAGCGCGCCGAGUUCCAGUACUCCCAGAGAGAGCUGGAAGGCUCCGAGGUCUUCCUCACUCGAUCCAGCCGCGGGAACCGCAUCGCUUGCAUGUACAUCCGCUGUGCCCCUGCUGCCAGAUACACUGUGCUGUUCUCCCACGGUAACGCCGUGGACCUGGGCCAGAUGAGCAGCUUCUACAUCGGCCUGGGCACGCGCAUCAACUGCAACAUCUUCUCCUACGACUACUCUGGCUACGGCGUCAGCACCGGCAAGCCCUCCGAGAAGAACCUGUACGCCGACAUCGACGCCGCCUGGCAGGCCCUGCGCACACGGUAUGGCAUCAGCCCGGAGAACAUCAUCCUGUACGGGCAGAGCAUCGGCACGGUGCCCACGGUGGACCUGGCGUCUCGCUACGAGUGCGCUGCCGUGGUGCUGCACUCCCCCCUCACGUCCGGCAUGAGGGUGGCCUUCCCCGACACCAAGAAGACCUACUGCUUCGACGCCUUCCCCAACAUUGAGAAAGUCUCCAAGAUCACGUCUCCGGUGCUGAUCAUCCACGGGACAGAGGACGAGGUGAUCGAUUUCUCUCACGGACUGGCGCUGUUCGAGCGCUGCCCCAAAGCCGUGGAGCCCCUGUGGGUGGAGGGGGCGGGCCACAACGACAUCGAACUGUACAGCCAAUACCUGGAGCGUCUGCGACGUUUCAUUGGCCAGGAGCUGGCGGCGCAACACGCCUGAGCCCCGCCCCCUCCUCCGCCUGUCCGCCCCCCUCGCCCGCUUCGUCUUUAUAUUUUUAUCUUCCGUUUUCUCUCCCUCCCUCCCUCCCUCCCUCCUCCCCCGUCUGUCUCUCUGUCUGUCCGCCGUGAGGAGCGAGGAAUGCAGGCUUGGGUCUCCCGCCCAAGCCCGUUACUCCCCCUGUCUGUCUGGCGGCCAUUUUGUGUGUGUGUGUUCCACACUCAUCUACAGCCUGCAAAGCCCAGGAAAUGGCUCACCAGGGAGGUGUUGCAGAGAAACCCCUUCCCCCCCCCCCCC